AGUGUGUGGAGCUGCCUGCGCUCCGCCCGGGCUGUCAGUCCCGGCUCCAGCCGCCGCGAGACCUUCCCGGAGACGCGCGCACACACAGCGCACCCCCUGCACGCCGCACACCCUCGCUCCCUUGCUCACACACACGCACACACUCAGCCUGGCGGAGCAGGAGCCACUGACCGUUUUGCAAGUGCCCGGACCAGCUGCAGCGUGGUGGGCGCAAACAUCCCGCGUUCCCUUUCGGAGCUUUAGUCUAGGAGACGACGACGAGGGAAGAAGGUGGGCUCGGAGGCAGCCCAGGGGCCGGGCGCUGGUCGGGCCGUUUUCCUGUCAGAGCCGCUCCCCGGGACGGGCGCGGGCCUCGGCUGAGAGUAGAAUAAAGAGGAGCGGCCGCAGCCGCCGCGUGAGGACGAUGGGAACUCCCCUAUUUACAGCUCUGGAAACAAAUGGAUGGAAGUCCUGAAUGGAGCAACUGCUUACUUCAUCUGCUUGAAAAAUCGUCCAGAGGAACUCAUAUUUGGCUACUCAGAGCAGUGAUGGGGGUGUCCAUGACGUGGCAGGGGGAAAAUAGACAACCGAAACCUCCCGUGUGAACUGCAAACUGUGACCAAGCAAGGGGAAAACGAUCUGUCUCUAUUUUAAUUUCUUGCAAAGGGUUUCAAGCAUCUGUAUCCUAAACUUACUUCUAUGUCUUGUACCCAGUUCAGCAGAAACCAGAGGAGAGUCCUGUCUGGGGUCCCAUCAUUAUCCCGGAGACCCGCCACCAGCGGCCUGCCUUCGUUUACCCACAUCCCCCUGGAACGGAUAUCUGUUUGGGGCACUACAAUUUAUCCUGUAGAACUAUGGCCAAAUCUCCAUCACUGCUUUGCUAAUUUCGGGACUUAACUCGUAGAAUCUACAUGCAGGGCUGGAAUUUAUUACAAGUGUAUCUGAAGAAAUGACAUUUUAAACCGUUUUUUAAAAUACCUUGAUUAAAAAAAAUUCCUGUGAAAUAGGAUUUGAUAGGUUUAAAAACAUGACAGGUAAGAACUUUCUCUCUUUCUAGUCCCUUGACACCCGUCUUGGGGAAAGUCAAAGAGAAGCAGGACCCAGGAGGAAAGAGAGAUCGAGGACCCGAGUGCCCUUCUGGGCUCGCAGGCGCUGGGCGGGCGGCUGCUUUCGGGAGAGGCGCAGCCCUCGCUCCUGGACCACGGGGCCAGUGGCUGGGGAAGCUUCUGGGGCGCGCGCGGGGAGGCGGCGCUGCGCUCCACCUGCUCAGCCCCGGACGCAGCCCGGGGGCGAGGCGUCGAGGGACCACCCCAAUUCAAUAUUGGCAUUUUUAAUAAACCAAGGAAUGGGAUUUUAAUUAUUGAAAACCCAGCUCCUCCGGGUCAGAAUGCUGUUGGGAUGGUCCUGGUCACACAGUAUUAAAGAGACCGAUCGCUAAGAGGACAGGAAAAGCGUCCGAGACCGCCGUUGCAAUUACGAAUGGACCAGACUUGGUAGCACAGGGCAUUGAUUGCUGGUGCCCAACUGGACCCUCCUCCCCUCUCCCCAUCCCUUCCCCCACCCGAGGCAGGCUCCCGCGGCGGCCGGGACCUCGCGUCCCUGCAACGUGGCCGGGGCUGCAUUUUUCAUGAGCCCAGGGUGAACAGGUGCGAAGUGAGCUGGGAGCAUCCGGCCAGCGGCCGGGCGCCGGGAACAUGGAGAGCGAGCGCGACAUGUACCGCCAGUUCCAGGACUGGUGCCUCAGGACUUACGGGGACUCAGGCAAGACCAAGACGGUGACCCGUAAAAAAUACGAGCGGAUCGUCCAGCUCCUCAAUGGCUCCGAGUCGAGCUCCACGGACAACGCCAAAUUUAAAUUCUGGGUCAAAUCGAAGGGCUUCCAGCUGGGCCAGCCGGAUGAGGUCCGCGGGGGAGGCGGCGGCGCCAAGCAAGUGCUCUACGUGCCUGUCAAGACCACGGAUGGCGUAGGGGUAGAUGAGAAGCUGUCUUUACGACGGGUAGCUGUGGUUGAAGAUUUCUUUGACAUUAUUUAUUCGAUGCAUGUGGAAACGGGGCCAAAUGGAGAACAAAUUCGAAAACAUGCUGGACAAAAGAGAACUUACAAAGCAAUUUCAGAGAGCUAUGCAUUCCUACCAAGAGAAGCGGUGACACGAUUUCUAAUGAGCUGCUCAGAGUGCCAGAAAAGAAUGCAUUUAAACCCAGAUGGAACAGAUCAUAAAGAUAAUGGAAAACCUCCCACAUUGGUGACCAGCAUGAUUGACUACAAUAUGCCAAUUACCAUGGCCUACAUGAAGCACAUGAAACUGCAGCUGCUAAACUCUCAGCAAGAUGAGGAUGAAAGUUCAAUUGAAAGUGAUGAAUUUGACAUGAGUGAUUCAACACGGAUGUCAGCUGUGAACUCUGAUCUUAGCUCCAAUCUUGAAGAGAGAAUGCAAAGUCCCCAGACUCUUCAUGGCCAGCAAGAUGAUGAUUCUGCUGCAGAGAGCUUUAAUGGCAAUGAGACUCUGGGGCACAGUUCAAUUGCUUCAGGGGGAGCACACAGCAGGGAGAUGGGAGACUCCAACAGUGAUGGCAAAACUGGGCUGGAGCAGGAUGAACAGCCACUGAACCUCAGUGACAGUCCCCUCUCCGCGCAGCUAACUUCGGAAUACAGAAUAGAUGAUCACAACAGUAAUGGAAAAAACAAAUAUAAGAAUCUUCUAAUUUCUGACCUCAAGAUGGAACGAGAGGCGAGAGAAAAUGGAAGCAAGUCUCCUGCACAUAGUUACUCCAGCUAUGACUCUGGAAAAAACGAGAGUGUAGACCGAGGCGCUGAGGACCUCUCGCUAAACAGGGGGGACGAGGAUGAAGAUGACCACGAGGACCAUGACGAUUCGGAGAAAGUUAAUGAGACAGAUGGCGUGGAAGCCGAGCGGCUGAAAGCUUUUAAUAUGUUUGUCAGGCUGUUUGUAGAUGAAAACUUGGACCGAAUGGUCCCAAUCUCUAAGCAGCCCAAAGAAAAGAUCCAGGCUAUCAUUGACUCAUGCAGGCGACAAUUCCCUGAGUAUCAAGAGCGUGCCAGAAAACGUAUACGUACUUACCUCAAGUCCUGCAGGCGGAUGAAAAGAAGUGGUUUUGAGAUGUCUCGACCUAUUCCUUCCCACCUUACUUCAGCAGUUGCAGAGAGUAUCUUGGCUUCCGCUUGUGAGAGCGAGAGUAGAAAUGCCGCCAAGAGGAUGCGUCUGGAGAGACAGCAGGAUGAGUCUGCUCCAGCUGACAAACAGUGUAAACCAGAGGCGACCCAGGCCACUUAUUCAACAUCAGCUGUUCCAGGCUCACAAGAUGUGCUGUAUAUCAAUGGAAAUGGGACCUACAGUUACCAUAGUUACAGAGGGCUAGGAGGGGGACUGCUAAAUCUGAAUGAUGCUUCCAGCAGUGGACCCACUGAUCUCAGCAUGAAGAGGCAGUUGGCGACUAGCUCAGGAUCCUCCAGCAGCUCGAACUCCAGACCCCAGCUGAGUCCAACUGAAAUCAAUGCCGUGAGACAGCUUGUUGCAGGAUAUCGAGAAUCUGCUGCAUUUUUAUUGCGAUCUGCAGAUGAACUGGAAAAUCUUAUUUUACAACAGAACUGAAUCAGAUGACAGCCAUAUUCACUGAGGUCUAAAUUUGCAGUUUCCACUAAUGACAUUUUGAUUUCCCAACAGAGAUACUUCUGAUCUUACUGCACAGUCUUUUAAGAGAAAUACUUCCAUUAUGCCACAUUGUCCUUGAUCCAUAAAGUGAUGUGUUAAGGUGCUUCAAAGGAACUCUGACCUCUGAAGUACUUGAGAUAGUUUAAUAUGUCCAGCCUAUUGCUUUUUGUCAUAGUGUGUCAGCAUAAAUAUCAGGGGCAUAAAAGGCUAUCUAUCCUUAAUUCAAGGAUAAAACAGAAGAAGCUUGUGGUAUAAAACAAUAGUUCAAGAUCCAACUGAAAUAUUAGUGGAAUUUGCUACUGACUCAUUGAACUGAAAGCUGAAGUACCUGGCAAAAAAAAAAA